AUGCCUGGGCUUCUUGAUCUCCCGCCGGAAAUUCUAGAGCAUCUCGUCCAAGCAAAGUCUGACGAACUACGGUGGGACCAGUUCCCUCUAGAUAGCUAUGCAGAGGACUGCAAAAGCACAAGCGCCUCGCGCACUUUGGCGAAUCUGACCCAGGUCAAUCGCCAACUUCGGCACCACUUCAAGCCAGUGCUGUGGCGGGACAUCACGUUGUACUACGUAUCAGACAUUGAGAAACUGGACCGCUUCCUUGAACAGUCACCAGCUUCCCAGUACGGCAGGCAUGUGCGGAAUUUCAUGCUCUCGUGGUGGGAUGAUAUCGUUGGCAACGCGAUGCAAGCCGAGGCAGAUAUCUCAACGUAUGAAGAGGAGGAGUUGGGACUUGGUCGUAGGGAAGAGUGGAUCUUCAAAGAUCGCAUUGCGUGGGGAAAGAGCGUCUUCAAGUCUCAGCUCCGAACGUGGCAUCCCGAAUGGUCAGAGACUCAGGUCGAUCAAGCCGCUGACGAACCCUCUGAGUAUCCGUACACUUCGGGCCCUGACGGUCGUGGACCCGUACCGAGAAUGGAGAGCAUUUCUGACGUGGAAUCAGCUUUGCAGAGAAUACUCGACAAGUUCAGCUUUGUGAAGCACCUUGACUGGAAUGCACGACUCCUCUCGUUCCCAGCAUGGCUGCCGCCGCAUAUGGAGAAACUUGAGUCGCUAGUGCUGUUCCAUGAAGAUCUCAGUAGAGAAAACUGCUGUCCAAUUCUAAGGUGCUGCCAGCAAUUACGAUCCCUCACAUUGCUUGACUUUAAACACGAUCUCUCUUCGUACGAGGACCUAAAAAUCGAUUGCAUCAACCUGCGAUUCUGUUCGCCUUCUCAAUCCUCGCCGCUGGGCAUAGUAUACGACACUCAGUCCUCGUCGUCGGAUCUGUUGAGCACCUUAUGUAGAAGUCUUCUGGAGGGGACCAGCCACAAGCUCCGCACGCUCACGCUGAGCGACUGGGAUCUGCUGCGAAUGGAGAAACUCCUGCCUGUGUUCCUGUCCAUGGAGUCCGUAUUAGCCCCACGACACGGACAGAGUCCUUCUCAUCACUGGGACUGGGCCAUCGAACCCAACGAUGCGCCUCUCACUGCACUGAGAGAUCUCAGCGACGCCUUGAGUUCGUGUCAUACCCUUGAGGAUUUGGUAGAUCGGUGCGUGGACAUGCAGCAUUCAGAAUCAGAAAGUGGAAAGCCACAGCGGCUGGACAUCCACGAGUUUGCCCGAUGGCUAGCUGGCGAUUCAAUGCUCGCUGAGCGUGCAUUUUGGGCUAUCCAAAGACGGAGGACAUAA